GCGAUAUCUUCUCAUUCAUCUGCACCUUACUUCAUGAUUCUAUUUUAUAAAUGAAUUCUUCUGAAGAAAAUAAAGAGAAUACACCUGGGAAUUUAUAACUGACAAUGAUUACGACUAUUAUAAUUAGUGUCAUCAGUCAUACCCAUAAGCCUACUAAGAACGACCCGCCUGGUUGGUUAUUGACUAAGAUUUCAAAGUCAUUUAAAACUUCUUAUACAUACAUCACUUAAACUUGGCUUUACACAUUAAAGCCCACCAGCGAUGGGGAAAGACGACUUCAAAGUUCGGCUACAGCCGCAAGACGUAGCCAACCAGAAGAAUCCCACGUAUAAAAACGCAGCUAAAAUCUUCAUCCAUCCCACCACCUUUGCCCAAGGGGGCUUCACUACCGCACAUCUCUGCAACGUCGAAACGGAUGGGCCUACUCGGUGGGAGGCCGUUGCGUGGCCUGCUCCAGAUAAGAAUGUUGCCAACAACAUUGUCUCUGUCAGUCGAGUAUUCCAGAAACUGGCCAGUCUAGAACUGGGCCAGUUAGCUAAAGUUACUCCUGGCAAUGGGCCGGUUCCUGACGCUGGGGUGGUUAUCAUGAGAGAAAUAACCCCGGAUCCUGUCCCGUUACCUGCUUCGGAACAGACGAGAUGGCAAUAUCAUCUUGAGAGUCGAUUAGAGGUAGCUGAAUUCAUCUUACCAAGCAUGUCAUUUGAUGAUAUCGUCUUAAACGGAUCAAGACGUUCGUUUGUGGUUGCAUCUGUAAAUGGCAGAACUGAUGGUGUUGCCAAGUACGCUCCCGGAUCUACGGUCGUCGAGUUUUCCAACGAAGACGCUGUCCAGACUAGGGGUAAAUUAGAAGUUGGCCCGCUUCCAGGAAUGAAGCGCCAGAUAGAAGAGCUUAACGAAUUCUUCAACGACUUUGAUGUCGAGUUUGAAGGAUAUACUACACCAACUUACUCCUGUGGGAUCGUUAUUUAUGGAAGUCAUGGGACGGGGAAGUCGAUGUUACUUGAUCAUAUCGCUACAACGAACUGGGGCAGAGUUGUUCGACUAAGUUAUAGUGACAAGUCGUCAACUAUCCAGACCUGUUUUAAAACUGCCCUGGAGCAGCGCAGUCCUACCAUCCUCUUAUUAGAUGAUAUAACAAAGUUAAUAGGCAAGGAACAGUCGAAUCGCCAGGUGAUGGUUGAGACAAUUGGCGAAGGGCUUGAUGCAUUAUCGAAUAGGGCGCGCCAACAAAAUAGGAGACCGCAUGUCUUAGUCAUUGCUACCUGCCUUGACUUCUUAAACGACAUUCCUCACGCCCUUCAACGACCUGGCCGGUUCGAGGAACAUAUUGCUCUUCCCGUCCCGGAUGCACAAGGACGCAAAGAGAUCAUCCGUUAUCACAAGCCAACCUUCGACCCGGAUGUGUUUGACCAAUACGUAUCAGACCUUGGUGACCGGACGCAUGCGUACACCGGCGCGGAUCUACGGAAGGUUCUCUACCGUGCUACAAAAGCAUGGAGGAAGCGAGUAGGAAGUCCUUCCAAGACGGAACCCUUGAUAUGGGAUGAUGUGACAAAGGGGCUGCAUGAAGUGCGACCUACCGCUAUGCACGAUAUAAACCUCAAGCCGCCUACUGUGCGCUGGAGUGAUAUUGGUGGCUACGAGGAAGUCAAAGUUGCCUUGCAGAGAGUGCUCCGGCGUCCUACGGGUCCUCGUGCGAGGAUGUCGAAGCCACCAAAGGGUGUCCUUCUCUACGGCCCGCCCGGUUGCUCCAAGACCAUGACGGCCCAAGCCAUGGCGACAGAAUCCGACUUCAACUUUUUCGCCGUGAAGGGAGGCGAGCUUCUAAACAUGUACGUUGGCGAGACCGAGCGAUCGAUCCGCAACCUGUUCAAGCGAGCACGCGAGGCCAGCCCCAGUAUUAUAUUCUUCGACGAGUUCGACUCGAUCGCAGGAUCGCGGUCGGGCGGUAGUACGGGCGGAGGCGUGCAAGCGCUCACCACGCUACUUACAGAAAUGGAUGGGUUCGAGCGCAUCGGUGAGGUGUUCGUGCUAGCAGCAACGAACAAGCCGGAGCUUCUGGACUCGGCAUUACGGCGGCCGGGCCGCUUCGACGAGCUGAUCUAUGUGCCGCUACCAGACGCUAAGGCACGCGAGGCCAUUUUCGCCGCCAAAGCCAGGGAGUUAGGUUUCCCGGAAGAUGGGACUGUUGACCUACCGGAGCUGGCACGCCAGAGCGAGGGGUACUCAGGGGCGGAGGUCGCACGGAUCUGCGACAAGGCGUUCUGGGAUGCGGAUGAGGACGAGGGGAUCUCGGCUAUGGGGGUGCUGCUUACGGCGAUACAGAAGACGCCGAAGUUGGUUACGAGGGAUAUGCUGGAUCAUUAUAGGGAGUGGCAGGAGAAGUUUAGGUCGUAGGGGGUCUGCCUAGCUAGGAGGUAAAUGUUUACCUGGGCAUAUAUGACAUCGCUUUGUGAUAGAUAGGGGACUAAGUGCCGGAACUUAGUACGACGGCUUAGAAGUUAUACCUGCUAACACUAGACUCACUCGCAUAUUGAUGAUAUGAGAGGUAUUUAGUUCCAAAGGAAACAUGCGCCAAAAUUCGAUAGUCCAAAUGGGAUGGUAUGGGUUUACACAUGCCUCUACAUCACUCUGGUACCUACUGGCUUCGUAAUCUGCGCCACGCUUUGUGAUAUAAGUCUACCUACUUAUGGGAGAACGAAACCGC